CAGCAUUCCUAAGCAGCAGAGAAGAGUCCGCACGCACGGGGAGAACUGGCGGGCGCCGGGUCUCCCACGUGCGCCGCCUUUCUGGGUUCUUCUUGCGGGCGUGCUCGCCUCCCUACCCGGCUCCAGGGUAGAGGAAGGCAAAGAGAACCGUUUCUUCUUCGCUGGGGAAGGGCUAGGGGUGUGUCUCCCACGUGCACCUCCUUUCUAGGCUCUUGCGGGCGUGCUCGCCUCCCCGGCUCCAGGGUGGAAGAAGGCAAGGAGAACCGUUUCCUCUUCGCUGCGGAAGGGCUGGGGGUGUAAAAUGACUUCGAUCCCCGCCGCCAACUGGAGCGGCGCCGGGAACGGCGGCUGGGAGGGGAGCCGGGGCGGCCCAGAGGCCACCUGGCCCCCACCGCUCCUCCACCACGCCGCCGGGAACCUGUCUUCGACUUCGCGGGCUCCGGCCGGCAACUUUUCCAACCAGUUCGUGCAGGCGCCGUGGUGCAUCGCGCUCUGGUCGCUGGCGUACGGCGCGGUGGUGGCGGUGGCCGUCUUCGGGAACCUCAUCGUCAUCUGGAUCAUCCUGGCCCACAAGCGCAUGAGGACGGUGACCAACUACUUCCUGGUCAACUUGGCUUUCUCCGACGCCUCUGUGGCCGCCUUCAACACGCUGGUCAACUUCAUCUACGCGCUCCAUGGCGAGUGGUACUUCGGCGAAGCCUACUGCCGCUUCCAGAACUUCUUCCCCAUCACCGCCGUCUUCGCCAGUAUCUACUCCAUGACCGUGAUCGCCGUUGACAGAUAUAUGGCCAUUAUUGAUCCCCUGAAGCCAAGACUGUCGGCAACGGCUACCAAAGUGGUGAUUGCGAGCAUCUGGGUUCUGGCAUUUCUGCUGGCCUUUCCUCAGUGUCUCUUUUCCAAGACAAAAGUGAUGCCUAGCAGAACUCUAUGCUAUGUUUCAUGGCCGGGUGGAAUGAAGCAACGUUUUACGUACCAAGUCAUUGUGAUUGCACUGGUAUAUUGCUUUCCACUGCUUGUAAUGGGCAUUACUUAUACAAUUGUUGGAAUCACCCUUUGGGGAGGAGAGAUCCCAGGGGAUACAUCUGACAAAUAUCAUGAGCAACUGAAAGCAAAGAGGAAGGUGGUGAAAAUGAUGAUUGUCGUCGUGCUGACGUUUGCAGUCUGCUGGUUGCCAUACCACAUUUACUUUGUAGUUACUGGUAUCGAUGAGAACUUGAACCGGUGGAAAUAUAUUCAGCAGAUCUACCUAGCGACCUUUUGGCUUGCCAUGAGUUCUACCAUGUACAAUCCUAUUAUCUACUGCUGUCUCAAUAAGAGGUUCAGAGCUGGUUUCAAAAGAGCUUUCCAGUGGUGUCCUUUCAUCGAAAUGUCUAGUUACGACGAAUUGGAGCUCAAGACAACUCGGUUCCAUCCCACCAGGCAAAGUAGUUUGUACACAGUUUCUAGAAUGGAAUCUAGCAUGUCCGUAGUAUUUGACGCCAGUGAUGGAGAAAGCAUCAAGUCUAGCCUCAAGAAAAGAGCUCCUUUGCAGGAAGCAAGCUUUAAUGGCUGUUCACGCAGGAGUUCCAAAACCACCUCAACAGUGUCAAGUUAUGUAAACUCUCCCUAUACAUCUGUGGAUGAGUAUUCCUAAAGCUUUAAGUAAGUGUAUUCUGGGUGUAAGGGAAAGCAGUAUUGCUGACAAAUGGACAGUGCUAUUCUGCGUUAGAUCCCAACAUCCAAGUUUCUGGAAGGCAAUUCCUGAACAUUAAUUGAACAAUAAGUCAAUUACUGAGCAUUGAUUGCAUGUAUAUUUAUAUGUAUCAUCAUAAGCCUUCCGUGGUGUAAGUCAUUGUACUUUGGAAAAGACACCAACCAAUAUGACACCUGUUUACAUUAGUAUAAUGACAUUGUGCCAUGUUGUACAAAAAGAAUGUUUGUAUAUAUUAUACAAAAUGAACCUACCAUGUACAUUGUUUUUGAAUGAGGAUAACAAAUCACUCAUCUGACUUGCUGAAUUGUAAAUGUUACCAUUUAAGGUGACACAAGAGGUUCUACUGGUGUUAGGUUUAUUUUAAAAAAACUGUCUUGAUGGACAAUCAGAUUAUCCUAAUACCCACUGGAGCAGAGAUAAAGCUAGUCGUAACUCCAAGUUGAAUGCACUUAACCAGGCCUGUGCAUUUUUGGAUAUCAGAACUGAUAUUGACCAUUUUGGAGAAUGGAGAUAAUUCUGAUCCAAAAUAGGAAAACAUAUUGGAUCAGAAUUAUCUGAUAUGGUUUCAGGGAUUUCAGGAAAUGUUUCAAUAAAAUUUUGGGAUUUCAGCACACAAAAUAGCAGCAGAAAUACAAAAUGAAGUUCUUGGUUUUCCGCCUGAGUGCAGCUGGUGGGACCCAUCUUUCGCAACCUAUCUGCCUGCCCACUUGUCCAUGCAUUUGUUUCUUUAUUUAGGUGAUUAUUUAUUUACUUCCAAAUUUAAAAAUAAAGUGAUAGAUUCUCAGAUGUUAAAUCACUUCCCCUGUGAUUCUGAUGUUACAUCACUUUUUGCCAUGCUUCUCAGAUGUGAGUUCAAUUUCUGGGUUACUUUAAAAAUAAUAAUAAUAAAUCAAUGGAUGGGCCACUUUAAUUGAAAUUAAAUACAAAGAGCACUGCCAUCCUCCACUAUGUAUGUGCCAAAUUUCAGAGCUCCCUGUCCAGCCAUUUUUUCCACUGAUUUUUUUAUUUCCCCAUAGACACCUAUGGGGAAUCCAGUAACAAAAAUGAUAUUCAGAAGGAUCCUAAGGACCCAAAACUGAAAAUCUGCACUGCAGAUCAGAUUUCAAUCUGAUCCAAAAUUUGUGACUUUGCACAGGCCUAGUCUACUUCCUAACAGAGGAACAGUUAGCCAUUCAGCAUAAAGGCUCCUUUAAAGGGUUGUCAGGUUUCAGAGAUUUUCUAUGCCCCUUUAAAACUAGGGGUGUGCACGGAACUGGCUGGCCCGGUUCAGUUCAAGUCCGGACUGGACUCGAACCUGACCAGACCAGUUCGGUCUGGCACCCCCUCGAACCCUCCCCGGUUCAGUUCAGUCCGGGGGGGGUGGUUCAGGACACAGUCUCUUUAAGGCGGAGGAGAGCAUGUCUGUACCUGCUCCUCCUCCACUCAGAACCCUUGCUGCCAUCCCAGCACUCCCCUCAGCUGCCACAUAGUUGCCCCUGUGUGGCACCAGCAUGCACAUCGCAUCAGCACAUGCGUGGUCAGCAUGGUCUGUCCAUGCCUUCUCCCCUGCCUGCCCACCUGGUAAUGAUUGUGAGUAUAGCCUUCUUAUCUGGCAAUAGAGAUUGGUAGCAUUCAAGGCCUAGCUAGUACUGAAGAAUCAGUGCUGAAAUAUUGCCUCUGAGCUGCUUUUGACUUAGUUGAGCCUUAUACUUUGUGUGGGAGAUCAACCAACCAUGCUGGGGAGGAAAUAUACAGGAGAAGUGAUGGGUGCUGCAUUGCAGUAGUUUUAAAUAGGGAUGUGCAAACAGGGUCAACCCCGAACCUGUUCGAGGUUGAACCGGUUCGGUUCAACUGUUCAGGGUCAAACCAACCCCCCACCCCAGUUAGGUCCGACCUCGGACCACCACCCCCCCCACUGACAGUUUGAAGGAUUCAAAAAAAAUACAUUUUUUAACAGAUUAAUUUUUUUAUUUAUUUGCCUUCUCCCCUUCGGGGGAGUUCGUUGGGGUGGUGGUGGUGGGGACUGCAGAGGUUCCCCCUCCCUGCACCAGCCUCAGUAAUCACCCCCUCUGGCCCUUUUGGGUUGGUUUUUUGGCCCGUUCAGGCCUCCGUAUAUUGGCACAGCGGCCAUUUUGGAAGCUGCUGUGCAUGCGCAAAUGGCAUCUGCAAGGCCCUGGGCCAUGCCAGGCAUGCUGGUGCCACACAGGGGCAGCUGUAGGGGAGCGCUGGGAUGGUAGCAAUGGUGGCGAGUGGAGGAGGAGCAGGUACAGACCUGCUCUCCUCCACCUUAAAGAGGCUGUGUAAUCCCUCGAAUUUAAAGGGAGGUGCCAGCGAUUCGGACAACCGAAUCGCAUUUUGGCACAUCCCUAACCCAUAUUCAUAGACACACCUGGCCAAAUAUUACUCUUUCUGUGUGAUGCCAUACACAGAACCAGUCCACUUGGAGAAGUUCUAGACAUCUGAAUCAGCCCUAGGUGUGCAAUUAUAUUUAUAUUUGAUGUGAGUGAAAGGCAUCAGUUCUGCAGGAGGGAGCAAAGCCCUAUUCAUAUAUGAUGUGGUACAUACAUACAGGUGUUUGACCACACGUACAUAUUGUGUGGUCCGGUUUGGAUGAUAUUAUGUCCCACAGCCUAGCACAUAUGGACAUGCAUGCACCAUGAACGUGUAGUCCUUUCCACCUCCUGGCACACUAGGGGGCACCUUUCCCAGCUCAUAUUUGUUGUGUGUAGAGAGAACCAGUUUGGAUAAACCACUCUCCCACAUAGAGAAAGGUUCCCUGACACUCUGGGAAGGAAGUUGGAUGUGCAUCAUGAGCAUCUUUACUGCAGUACUAGAAUCAGCAGACUGUGCCAUCCAAAAUGGCCCAGUGUUGUUGAUUAUACAUUUUAACAGAGAACAUGUUUACAGGCAGGAUAUAGAUCAGAAGUAUACUACUGUACAUCCAUUGAACAUAAUGUUUGAAUAACCAUAUGUGCCUAUAAUCUGUAGGCACAUACACUGUACACAGAUUGUACAUGUGUUGAACAUAGCGUGUGAAUAGGACUUGUGCAAAUAAUUGUGCUUAUAUACACUGUACACAGUUUAUAUGUGUGAUAAUCAUAACGGCUUACAUACAGUGCAGCACCCCACCGAUGGAAGAGUGGGGCAUCCAUGCUGGCUUUGAAUGAGUCCAAAGUCCAAACUGCAUUGCUUCUGCUAGCAAACAUGGAGAGCCUUGGGAAUGAUGGAAGCAGCGUCACUGCAGCUCUAACUCAAUGCCUAGAAACCACAGAGGAUUUCCACAUUCACUAGCAGUGGUGAUCACUGAUGCAGUUUGGACUCCCACAGACCAAAGUACAGACAGACUCUCACCAAUGCAGGAACCCAUCAGUGGGAUGCUGCACUGUAUCGUAAGCCAACAUACAAACAGAGCUGAGGGCUUUUCCAAAAUGCUUUUAUAUUAUCAGUCCUCCCCAAUUUAAAAGCACACAGCAAAAAAAUAUUUGUGCCAAAGGAGCUGAUCGAUACAGACCCUAUAAUUAACAGGCUUUGAAAAGAAAGGAAUUUCAGCCAGCGUUGAGGCAAUUUUUCCUAACCAAUUUAGGACAACACAGAGGCAACUAACUCAGUGACUGAGGGGCACUACAUUUUGGGGGGAAACCCUGUACAGGUUGUCAGUAAAUAUGAAUGUGUGUACAUUGUAAAGGCAUUUUUUCCACUUAUUUUAAGCCAGCUUUGUCUGUACAGGUUUAAAAUUGUAAUAUUUUGUAUAGGGUAUGUCUUAAAUGUGCAAUGGUACAUGAUCAAAUGUUUUUAAAAAGAGAGACAAAAAAGUC